ACUAUUUUUAUGUAAAGCUUAUUAUGAAAAAUAUUUUUUGGUUGUAUAAAUAUAUUGCGUGGAAUAUUUGUACUGCAGUUAAUACCGAAAAAUACUAUAUAACAGAUACCGAUGACGUCAGUAUUCUAUCAAAGCAGUGGGCAUUUUCAAAACUUAAUUCAUCUUACACUUGCGCUGGUGCCUGGCAAUGGGUUGAUAAAACACGUGAAUGGAAGACUUGUCUGAAAGCAUCAACUACAAUGUUGCAAAACUGCAUUUUGAUUUCAACUACUUACAAUGUAACUGGGACUAACACAGUUUUUAUUGAAAUUAAUUUUUCAACCACGUUAUGCCAAUCCCUCAGAAGCCCAUCAUGUAACGAAUACUUAACAUUUUCCGCUUACAUUGGAACUAAUGUUUCAGAAGUUAUACUUAAUAACACGAUACAAUCUAACAAUCUUACUGAUGUAUCAAAUAAAUUUAAUACCUUUUAUGAUACUAAAGGUAUAGAGAACAUGAAGCUCGCAUUUACCACUAGCGACUAUUGCGGAAUUUUAAAAAACGUUUCACUGUAUGCUUAUUGGUGUCCAAGCACCAUUAAAGAAUUAGCCUAUUUCCCUAAAGUAGCUGCUCCAUCCAUCAAAAACUCUCCCCAAAAAGUUCAAGGGACAUGUAUUGAAAAUAGCAUUUCUAACGUCGCGCCGUAUAUUGAGUGUUAUUUUAAUGGAAGUUACAAAACAAAUGUAGAAUGCAAAUGUAAAAAAGGAUUUGAGUUCAAAGAAAACUCGUGUCAAGUAUGUGGCCCGAAUUAUUUUAAGAAUGAUGAUGCGAAUGUUCCAUGUCAAGCUUGUGGCGCAAACUCUGUUUUUAAUUUAAUAACUUCAUGUGUUUGUUUGACUGGUUAUUACAGGAUUUUUGGUGAAGUAAACAACUCAGCAGCUGCAUGCUACAAGCCUCCAUCACCACCAAAAAAUAUUACAAUACAAAAUAUUACUGAGCAAUCUGCUUUUAUAGAAUGGCUUUUACCAGAAGAUUCGCCAUUUCAGGGAUAUUUUUAUAUAGAAUGCUUGAAUUGUUCAAUUCAAGACAACUUUCCAAAGAAUACAACUCAAAAUCAAAUUAUUCUUGAUAAAUUGGAUUCAUUUACUGAAUAUAAUUUAACAAUAAGCUACAUAAAUAAUAUUUCACAAUUAACAGGAAAAUAUGAAAAAUAUGCCUUUAGCUUUCAAACAAAAUUUAGUGCUCCUGGUCUUAUUCGUGAUAUAACAGUUAAAUAUAAUAGUGAUGGAUCUAUUAUUUUAACUUGGAUGCCACCAUUGAAAAAUAAUGGAGGAAAUAUUAGUUACAAAGUUAAAAAAAAUGAUGUCGUGUUUGUCACAUCUAAUACAUAUUUUGAAAUAAACUCUGCAUUGUUUGAUAAAACUUAUAUAAUAGAGAUUAUGUGCUUUGUUGGAACAAGUAAUGAUAUUCAAAUUGCUGGACCUAUUUUUAAAGAAACUAUUACAGUAAAAGGCACAUUAAAACUAAGCGCUUUGAUUGGUGGUAUUUGUGGAGCAUUUGCAAUUAUUUUAAUUAUACUACUUAUUUUUUUUAUUAUUUGGAAAAAGUUUCAUCAGAUACCUACUGAAGUUGUUAGACUUGAAGAUGGUACAGUUAAAUCGAAUUAUCAUGUAAUAAACGGGGAAAAAAUUUAUGUUGACCCUACAACAUACAACAAAGUUGAGGAUGCAGUUCAAAAAUUUGCAAUUGAGAUUGAUCGUAAAAAUAUCAAGUCAGGAAAAUUGUUAGGUAGUGGUGAAUUUGCUGAUGUUUACAAGGGAACUCUAAUAAAAGAUGGAAAAAAUAUUACUGUUGCCAUUAAGAGACUAAAGUCUAAUGCUUCCAAAAAUGAUCGUGAUGACUUUUUUGGUGAAGCUGCCAUUUUGGGUCAGUUUAAUGAUCAAAAUGUUGUCCAUUUAUAUGGAGUUCUGCUUAAAGAUAGUCCAAAUGAAAUCGUACUAGAGUUUAUGGUUAACGGCGCUUUGGACAAAUUUUUGCAGACCAAUGACAUGCAGUUUACUACCCUUCAACUGCUUGGAAUGGCUCGCGGUGUUGCUAGUGGAAUGAAGUACCUUUCAGAAAUGAAAUUUAUACAUAGGGAUCUUGCAGCACGCAACAUAUUGGUUAAUGAAGAUUAUUGUUGUAAGGUAGCAGAUUUUGGAAUGAGUCGUAAAAUCAAUAUUGAUGAUACCUAUGAAACAAAGGGUGGCAAAAUCCCUGUUCGGUGGACUGCACCUGAAUGUGUUCAGUAUAAAAAAUUUACUAGUGCUUCUGAUAUGUGGUCGUAUGGUGUGCUUUUAUGGGAGAUUGUAUCUUAUGGAGAAAGACCAUACUGGGACUGGGGAAAUUAUUUGGUACUUGAACGAAUUAAUUCUGGAUAUAGGUUACCUCCUCCCAUGGGUUGUCCAAAGAUCAUACAUAACCUAAUGUUACGAUGUUGGGAAAAAGAUCAUUUAAUGCGACCAAAGUUUUCAGAGGUUGUUUCUUUACUUGAAAAUUGGAUAAAAAAUCCUGAAUUGUUAAAAGAGGAAGAUUCUUCAACAGUUAAUAAAAGUGAUGGAAGCCUUGAUUAUUCAACUUUAAAAACUGUUAACCAAUGGUUGGAAGCAAUUGGAAUGGAGAAAUAUGAUCAAAAUUUUCUUGAAAAAGAUUUUUUUACACUUAAACAAGUCAUAAUGAGUAUAAUUAUUGAAGAAGAUCUUUUAGAUUUGGGCAUUCGGCCAGUUGGUCAUCGCAAAAAAAUAUUUAAAUCUAUAGAAACUAUUAGAAAUCAGAUCGAAAAAAACGUAUGAUUAUCUUUCGAAACUUACUGCAUGUGGUUGCGCGUAACACUCAAAUACUGAUUUAAACAUUCUCUAAAAAUUAUUUAAACAUCUCUGUUUUAUUUAUUCAAAACUAUUACUUAUUUAAGUAAUGUAAUUUAAAGAGAUUAUAUUAACAAAAAAUAUACUUCAACCAA